AUGUACCUCCCAUCCUUCAUUACUGUCAACGCCGUCGCCAAACUUCAUUCUUUCUUUUUCCGCUAUUGUUUUUCUUUCUUUCUUUCUUUCUUUUUCUUUUUUUUUUUCUUUCUUUCUUUCUUUGUAAGCAUUUCAUUUUCUUCUCUCGUUGUUUUUCUUUCUUUCUUUCUUUGUAAGGAUUUCUUUAUCGCCUUUCGUUCUUUCUUUCUUUCUUUCUUUCUUUCUUUCUUCCUUUCUUUCGAUCUUUCUUUCUUUCUUUUUCUUUCUUUCUUUCUUUCUUUCUUUGUAAGCAUUUCAUUUUCUUCUCUCGUUGUUUUUCUUUCUUUCUUUGUAAGGAUUUCUUUUUCGUCUUUCGUUCGUUCGUUCGUUCUUUCUUUCGUUCUAUCUUUUCUUUCUUUCUUUCUUUCUUUCUUUCUUUCUUUCUUUCUUUCUAAGCAUUUCAUUUUCUUCUCCCGUUGUUUUUCUUUUUUUUCUUUCUUUGUAAGGAUUUCUUUAUCGCCUUUCGUUCUUUCUUUCUUUUUUUCUUUCUUCCUUUCUUUCGAUCUUUCUUUCUUUUUCUUUCUUUCUUUCUUUCUUUCUUUGAUUUCUUUUUCGUCUUUCGUUCGUUCGUUCGUUCGUUCUUUCUUUCUUUCUCUCUUUCUAUGUUUCUUUCUUUCUUUCUUUCUUUGUAAGCAUUUCAUUUUCUUCUCUCGUUGUUUUUCUUUCUUUCUUUCUUUCUUUCUUUGUAAGGAUUUCUUUUUCGUCUUUCGUUCGUUCGUUCUUUCUUUCUUUCUUCCUUUCUAUCUUUCUUUCUUUUUCUUUCUUUCUUUCUUUCUUUUUCUUUCUUUCUUUCUUUCUUUUUCUUUCUUUCUUUUAUUUCUUUUCCCUUUCUCGUGUUUUCUUUCUUUCUUUUCUUUCUUUGCAAGCAUUUCUUUUUCCACACACCCUUUUUUCUUUCUUUCCUUUAAGCAUUUUUCCACUCUUGUUUUCCUUCCUUCCUUCCUGCCUUCCUUCCUUCCUUCCUUCCUUCCUUCCUUCCUUCCUUUUAUUUUCUUUUGCCUUUCUUUCUUUUUUAAGCAUUCCUCUGUCCUCCCUUUUUUCCUUUUAGAAUUACUUUCUCUUUUCUCUCUUUUAUUUUAUAUUAUCUCUCUCUCUCUCUCUCUCUCUAUCUAUCUAUCUAUCUAUCUAUCUAUCUAUCUAUCUAUCUAUAUAUCUAUCUAUCUAUAUAUAUAUAUAUAUAUAUAUAUAUAUAUAUAUUAA